UGAGCGUGAGCCUACCUCUCAGCUGGCAAGCCCAAGGGGCAUACUUGGAUUCCCAGGUUGGAAGAUUAUCUCAUUCAAGCACAGUUCUCCAAAAGAUAUAUAAGCAAAGCUAGCGUGGUGGUCCCUGCAGAGCUGGCUUGAGCACUUGGGAGUUUCAGCCUUCAAACUUGGGAGUACAAGCUUCAAACGCUGGCAAAUAUGAUGAUGAUGAAAGUGGAAGAGCUGGUGACUGGGAAGAAAGCUGACGAUAAAGAGACUGGCAGCUUCCUCCCUGAGGACUUCAAAAAUGGAGAGUAUGAAGCUGCUGUAAGAUUAGAGAAGCAGGAGGACCUAAAGACAGUCUCUGAACACUCACUGACCCGAGGUGAUCUGGCUUAUGAGAAGGAGAAAAAACUAGAAGCAGAGCUGAAGAAGAAGAAAUUAGAGGAGAGGUCAAAACUUGAAAACUUGGAGGAUCUUGAAAAAAUUAUCCAGCUGAAGAAGAAGAAAAAAUGCAAGAAAGUGAAAGCGCCCGUUUUAAAGGAACCUGAACCAGAAGUUAUUACAGGACCAGUGGAUAUACCCGCAUUCUUUAGAGCUGCACUGGAGAAUAAGUUGCCAGUAAUUGAAAAAUACCUGUCAGACAAGGGGGAUCCAAAUGUCUGUGAUGAGUACAAACGCACAGCAUUGCACAGGGCAUGCUCUGAAGGACAUCUAGAGGUGGUGAAAAAAUUGGUGGAAGCUGGAGCCCGGCUUGAACAGAAAGACAUGCUUGAAUCUACAGCCCUGCACUGGGCAUGCCGGGGGGGGAACCUGGAUGUUCUGAAAUUCUUACUGGAUAACGGGAUAAACAGAAAUGCAAGAGACAAGCUGCUCAGCACCCCUUUGCACGUGGCUGUGAGAACGGGUCAGUACGACUGCGGGGAGCACCUCAUUGCCUGUGAAGCAGAUCUCAAUGCCAGAGACCGAGAGGGAGACACACCGAUGCACGACGCCGUGAGGCUGAACCGCUACAAAAUGAUCAGGCUUCUGGUUCUGUAUGGAGCGGAUCUAACUAUAAAGAACUGCCAAGGGAAAACCCCUAUGGAUCUUGUACUUCAGUGGCAGAACGGCACCAAAGAGAUAUUCAACAGCCUGAAAGACAAUUCCUAUAAGAGCGUCCAUCUAGGCAAGUUCUGAAGAGAGAAACCAGACCGCUCUCUUUCUGCUGCUUUUAAAUGCUUCAUAUGAACCUGGAGGAAAACAGCUCUGAACAUAGUAUUUUUAUUGAAAAUGUUUAUAGUACUGGAUUAUUUGAGGUACCUUCACUGAAAACUGCAAAACAAACAUGCAAAGAAAUGAUUUUAAAAGGCAGGUUGAGUGUUAAAAUUCCAAUGGUUCUAAAAUGGCUUUAUUUAUUACUAUUUAUUAUUUAUUUAUUUAAAAAGCAAUUUUUAAUUAUAUUCAAUGUUAUUGUAGCUUUUUUUUAUAUAGCUUUACAACCUAAUGCAACCUUCGCUAGCAACAUAAAUCCUUUUGUCUUAGAUGGCAGUAUUUCCAACUACAUUAGCAACUUCCCUCAAGCCUUCCAAUAGCUCUAAAUAGCGAGUAUUCGCAACCGUUGCCUUGCCUCUGCCAAAUUCUGUUAAAAUAAUAUGUUAAAUGAGCGGUGAUAUGUUGAAGAGCAAUGGAAGAAGGUGUACUGAGGUGCCAAGAGGAUUUAAAGAAGCAGUUGAGUAAUGGGGUUUACACAGGGUUUGACAGUUGUGGUCGAUAAAGACCUCAAGGACAGAGCUCCAACCAUCAUGUAACCAUUUGGACUGUGGGAUUCAGAUGCAAUGUUAUGAAGGUGAGAGGAGACAGUAUCAGGAAUGUGAAUUUUUUUAAGCUAGACUACUACGAAGUCUGAUGAUUGAAGAAUGCAAAAACAGUUUAUGUAUAUUUGUAAAUUUGUACUGCUUCUUCUGUACAUUUUGUACUGAUCUAUUUCAGAUUAAAUAAACAGGGUGGUUCUUUUUA